AUGUCGCCAGCUCAGCUUUCAUGGCCCUUGAACCACAUGCGCUUUGCCAGCACGGCAUCGUCCAAGGUGGUCAGAAUUGCUGGCCGCGAAGUCUCGAAUCCGACGGGAAUCCUCAUCAACAAUGAACUCGAUGUUGUGCUCCAGCAACGCCUUCUUCUCAUGAUAGAAUUCCCGGCCAUCUUUGGACACGAAGGCGCUGGAACUGUGCGUGCUAUCGGCAACAAGGUAAAGAACGGUGACCUCGAAGUGGGCGAUGCUAUAACCCUUUCCUUAAUACGUCAUCCGGCCUUCUGCUACACUCACCCACAAGUCAAUCACCAUGCGGUUCGACUCAGUGAUAGGAGCACUCUUGCGAGUCUUAAAACUAGCCUCUCCAUGUGCGUUGUUAAAUGUUCUAAUCUAGAUGCAAUGCAUCUCUACGGUCCCCUUGGAUGUGACUUUCAAACGGGAGCGGGUACGGUGCUGAACAUUCUGAAGCUAAAGAAAGAAGACUCGUUAGUCCUCUUUCGUCUCGGCAGCGUUGGGUUUACUGCUUUGAUGGCCGCAAAGUACCUGAAAGUUAGUCGGAUCAUUGCUGUGGAUGUCGUUCAAUCCUGGCUAGAUCUGGCAAAGGAACUUGGAGCAACCGACACGAUAAACUCGAUUGAGGAAAAUGACGUCGUGAAAGCAAUUAAAAUCCUCACCGACGGCGGCUCUUCAUUAGCCAUUGACUGUACGGGAAUCCCGAAGGUCAUUGAGAGCGUCAUUGCAUCAAUUCGUCCUCCCGGUAUAGUUGUUUUAGUUGGUGUCCUAAUAGCAGGUGCUAAGAUUAAACUCAACGCGCUUGAAUUUCUCCUUGAAAAUAAGAAGUUUAUUGGAGUUAUCGAAGGGGAAUCGAACCACACUGAGCUCAUUCUUCACCUAAUUGCCAUGCAUCAGGCAGGGGAUUUUCCAAUUGAUAGGCUUUGCAAAGUCUAUCCCUUUUCUGAGUUGCAGAAGGCAAUUGAUGAUAUGCAUUCAGGCAUAGUCAUAAAGCCCAUCAUUCAGUGGAGUUGA